UACUUGAUCAUGAUUAAGAAGAGCUUGGCAAAACUCGGUCACCGUCAAUGCCAAUAAGGAAUAGGCCUUGACAUUUAUUGUUUAUAUUUUGUUUUUGAUGAAAGGGUUAAGAACAAUUCUGCAUUUAAGAUAGUUGCAUAUUUAUUUAUAUAGUUAUAGUCGUUUGGGCCUGUCGUGUAUUGUUUAAGAGUUGAAGAACCAGCAUAGAUGACACGUUCGUCGUACAUGAUUGCAGUAGCCUAGUUGUAUAAUUGACUGGAUCGGUUUGGACGAAACAGGAACCCCUAGAUGUUAAAACUAUACAUUGUUUUGUGUUAAAUUAUGUCGCUGGCAUUAAGAUGUGGGGUCAGAAGUAGUGUUCGAGCCCUUUCUGGGAAGUCCUGUAGAUGCCUGGCCUCAGUCACAAAUGGUGUAGCAGCACAGUAUAAAAACAAGGUUUUGAUUCAACCAAGGCAAUGUCAAGAACAACAAAGAACUUUUCAUGUGGCUGCAUCUCUCCAGUCUAAAGAUGGCAGCGGUGAUGAUGGAACUGGAGGGGAGGGUGGGGCGUCGGGUCAGGGACCCAGCAGCUACGGGGGAGAAGAAAAAAGGGUCAGACCCUGCUCGAACUGUGGCGAGGCACUUCAAAUUGACUCCAAGGUGAUGAUCAAUGGGUUCGUCAAAUGUGAUAAUUGUAAGCAGAUGUUGAUGGUUUCGGAGGAUCAAGCCGACCCGGAGGUCGCUGAAACAGAAGAGGAGGACACAGGGUAUAUCCCCACCCCAAAGGAGAUUCACCGGUUCCUGGACGAGCACGUGAUUGGUCAGGAGCUGGCCAAGAAAAGUCUGGCAGUGGCCGCCUACAACCACUACAAGAGAGUGCGGUGGUGCAGAACCAGCUCUCAGUCCGGUCAAACCAAGACCAGACUAGGGGAGAAUCUCUUCGCAGAAUCCCUGGAAGCAGCCAUCAGGGGCCAUGCCUCCAGCUCCCUGGGGUUCAACACUCACCACCAGGAGGAAAAUGACCCCCCAAUGAUGUCCCCCGACACAGACCCUAAAAAGAUCACCCUACAGAAAAGCAAUGUGUUGUUACUGGGACCCACUGGAUCAGGGAAGACGUUGAUGGUGAAGCGGCUGGCGGAGUGUCUGGAUGUUCCGUUUGCGAUGUGUGACUGUACGUCGAUCACGGCUGCUGGUUAUGUGGGUGAGGAUGUAGAGUCCGUUAUCUACAGACUCCUGGAGAAUGCCGAGUUUGAUGUGGACAAGUGUCAACAAGGUAUUGUAUAUCUGGAUGAGGUGGAUAAAAUCCGAAGUAUUGUACCAGGGAAUUCCUCAAGGGGAGUGAACUCUUCCCGUGACGUGGGAGGUGAAGGGGUUCAGCAGGCAUUCCUUAAACUCUUAGAAUCCAACGUUGUCAAUGUGACGGAAAAAAUGGGGAAACGAAACGCUCAUGAAACCACAUAUCAAGUGGAUACCACCAAUAUUUUAUUUAUAGCAUCUGGGGCAUUUACAGGAAUCACCGAUCUCAUACAAGGCAGAACUAAUCUAAAGAACUUUGGUUUCGGUGUUCACAAUGACAAAGCUAUCCUACAUGAGGAAGAGGAGAGAACUCUGUCAGACAUAGAACAGUUAAACCUCAAGUAUGACCGACUCCUGGGUCAGGUGGAGACGGAAGACGUAGUGAAGUUUGGACUGAUCCCCGAGUUUGUGGGGCGGUUCCACAUAGUGGUACCCCUACACAGUCUUAAUGAGGACCACCUAGUGAAAAUCCUAACAGAAACCAAGAACUCCCUGAUAGCCCAGAAGGAGUUCCUGCUGGCCUAUGACGAGUGUCAGCUGAUAUUCACAGACAGUGCCUUAAGGGCAAUUGCACAGAAAGCCAUCAAGAAAAAGACGGGGGCAAGAGGAAUUCACCAUAUACUGGAGGAGGUUCUACUGACGCCCAUGUACGAGGUUCCCAGUAUGCCUGACGUGGAGAAAGUCAUCAUUACUGCUGACACAGUCAACAAGAAAGAACCUCCCACAUAUAUACGACGUGAAAAUAUUGACGAACCUGUCAAACGACCCAUUCAGGCCAGCGGAUUAGCGUGAGGAGGAAAGAUGUUAGUGGGGAUUUGUUCAGAUAUUCCAGUGAGUGAUCAUGUGAUGAAGGGAGUCUAUCUGUGAAAGAGACCGGUCAAGUUAUUGAGAUACUGUGUGUGUUGGUUUUGGUGAGAAUCCAGACUCCUAAUUGUUUGUGAUGUUUUAUUUAUCAGAAAAAAUGUCACUUACAUCUAUGGAGACAUUCUGUACAGUACGUGAGAGAGAAAGAAAGGAGGGAGAGAGAGAGGUUUGUUUGAAUGGAUGGAGAGAGAGAGGGGGUGAGAGAGAGAAUUUUAAUUUGUGAAUUUAUCUUCAAUAUGAUAUUCAACUUAGUUAUAUUCUGAAGCAACUCCUGGAUAAAGGAAACCACUGAGCUGUGACAAGUGUCAAAUGUAAACAUCACUUCACCGAGUUUUCUGUGUAUUCCAAUAUUGUUACCUUGAGCUAUGAUGCAUAUUUGAAACCCAAUCAAAAUAGAAUAGAUCUGCUAGAUAUGAAUUUAAAUGGAAAAUUUGCAUUAACAGGUAACUACUGCAUAUAUUAACUGAAUUUGAGAUCUUGAUUCACAGUUUUUAAAUUGAUCAGUGCAUUGUACUGCAACCCUCAGAAAUGGCAUGAUUUUCUUGUUAUAUGCAUUUUCUGAUAAUAAAGAUAAUUUGAAAGUAA